AUGCUCAUUCACUUCGAGACGAAGCGUCGCUGGAACAUUACCAUAUCAACAACUCGGCACGACUCCGUUGAUACGAAGCGGCCUGGUGCUAGUUCAUGCGCUUGCCGCAACUCAACGUUCGCUGUCGAGGUUCAUAACACCAAGAACUCGCCAGCUCCGUGGUACCCAAAAGAUCUUAUCGAAAAAUAUUGGCCGACUGCCGAUAGUGCAACGGCUGUCGGGUGUCGAACCUUCGUUCGGAAGAUCUAUCGACUCUCAAUACGAAUUCACCGGAUGGAUCCCCAAAGAUGUGCGGACGCCACUUACGACGAACCCCCACCACCUUACAAAUAUCAGCGAAUGCAGGAGCUUCCUGCCUUAUCGAUCCACGAAUUACCGGAUCAAAGAAUGCUUACUCCGGAACUUGAAGGAGACGAUGGGAUCGCCGAGCUAGGAAGUUCUGUGGAGCAAACUAUCGACUAUCCCUUCAAUCUUGACCCAAGUCAAACGUUCUACCCAUGUUCGAGCGAAGCCAAUGAGCGUGGUGCAACCGCCAAUUGUACGGUGCUACAACAACCCACAUCUGUCGAUGUGCCAAGGCUACCUUGGAGUCUAGAUACCCAACAACACUCCGCUUCAGCACCCAGUUUGACCAUCGACGGGCUUUCGCAUGAGUCGUCGCCUAUAUCACCUAUCACAACCGAUACUAAUGGCAAUUCUCCCACCCAAUCUUAUUCAGAUACCGAUCUCAUGGCAGGCAUGGUGUCUCCUCUAGGAACUGUAUCAUCCUGUGACAGCUCUUGGACAAGAUCGCAUGUAGUCGACAAGGACUAUGGCUGUGCUUCGUAUACUAGCCUUCCAACGUCAUUGGAAGCAAUUCCUAUAGAGUCUUUCCUGGAAACGCCACAACAGUCUCAGGCAGAACGUCUCCAUGUUCGAAGAGAUGACUUUUUGCAUCCUGCGGUGACACCCAUCUUUGCAAGCCAUGAAUCAUACAUUCCCAAUAGUCACCCACCUGUCGCAUGGAACGAUUACUUGCCAGAGUCUCACGCGCAGCAGGACGACUCUACAACCAUUCUCUUGGGUGAUUAUGCGUACUGUGAGCGCCUGGGAUGGCGAUAUUGUGGUGGUUAUGGAGGAGGUGCGGCUCAGGAUGAAGGGGCCAAACAAGCGGUGUUAACGAUCAGCGAGCCGGGGUCUUCGCAACACGCCAGUCACUUCGAUGAGUGUCAACCAUCAUCGCACAAAUUCAUUGAGCUUCAUGACCACCAAGAUCCGGAGCUUUACAUGGAGUCGAGAGCAGGUGACACUAACUACCCGCUUGAGCAUUGUACUCAAUGUGACAAAACGUUCAGUGGCAGAUAUCGGAAAGGCAACUUGCGACGGCAUGUCCUCGCUUUCCACAACCCGCUAGCGGGCGUAAUCGGUACAGCGUGCCGCGUCUGUAAGAGGGCGUACAAGCGCGCGGAUGCGACCCGUAAGCACGAGUGGAAGAAACACCAUGUCUUAGAUGCAAAGCCCAAGAAGCGAGCGAAGUAG